GUUACGUACACAUGACCGACGGCCAGUUGCAACAAAUAGACGACGACCUAGAUGCAAUGGACUAUGGGUUGGAAUUCGAAGAGGUCGAAGUGCCAGUCGAAUUUCUUCCACCAGAACCAGAUGACGAAGAUCGACUCCCCUCGCAAAUUCAUCCAUCCUAUCCUUAUGGAAACCCAACCAAGGCACCGCAUCCCUCAACAGCCGGCACCGUUCCGAUGGGAAUCCUCGGCGCACGAGCCCUCUUCGAGGAUGUUGCCGUCGAACGGAAAGGUUUUCAAACACGGCCCAAUUGGACCGAUCUCGGGCUGGACCAGUUGUACCGAGCCGAUCCUGAGCGAGUUGAAGCUGCUGCUGCCGCUGCUGCUAGACAUACCAACCAGGCGAAUCCUCAGGCACCAAACAAUGGUGAUGUACAACAGCCAGAAGCGGAGGAGGGAGAGGAGGGCGCGCCUGAAGAGGAACUCGAAGCUGGAGAGGAACAAGAGGAACAAGAGGCAGAAGAAGAGUUACCAGCAUUAGACGAUGGCAGUUUCUGA